GUUUUUUAAUGGAUCUUUUAGUCCUCGUAUGAAAAGGCUUAGCUUAUGUCAUGUUUUGAUGAUUCUUAGAAUCUGUGGAAAUUACUUUGAUGUCUACUCGGUUAGUUGGGUUUACGUGGUGUAAAUGAUAAGGAGUACGACUACCGUUUGUGGAAUUUGUAAUUGGAAUGUAUUCAUGAAAAUUGAAUCAUGCUUUGCGGUUCAAAUCUGGAAGGCCGAGGAGGUGAGGUUCAGCUUGGAUGCACACAUACAAUUAGAUCUCAUGGAGCUACAGUUGCAAGGGUUCACUUGCACGAUUGGCUCAUUCUGCUGCUUCUUGUUUUCCUGGAGAUUGGUUUAAACAUCAUACACCCGUUUUACCGCUUUGUUGGAGAGGGUAUGCUUGAGGAUCUCAAGUAUCCCAUGAAAGAUAACACAGUGCCAAUUUGGGCUGUUCCUGUGUAUGCAGUACUACUGCCCAUUGCCAUCUUUCUCAUCUUCUACUGUCGUCGAAAAGAUGUUUACGAUCUGCACAACAGCAUACUAGGGCUCCUUUUUGCUGUUCUGAUAACCGGUGUGAUCACUGAUGCAAUAAAAGAUGCAACUGGCCGGCCUCGCCCAGACUUCUUUUGGCGUUGCUUUCCCGAUGGAAUAGAUAAAUAUGACAAGUGGGGCAAUGUGGCAUGCCAUGGUAAAGAGAGUGACAUAAGGGAAGGACAUAAAAGUUUCCCAAGUGGCCAUACUUCUUGGUCUUUUGCAGGUUUAGGCUUUUUGUCGCUGUACUUAGCAGGAAAAAUUAAAGCCUUUGAUCGCAGGGGACACGUUGCAAAACUAUGCAUUGUGUUUCUUCCUCUCCUUGCUGCUGCUCUUGUUGCGGUUUCCCGUGUAGAUGACUAUUGGCACCAUUGGCAAGAUGUGUUUGCUGGAGCUCUCAUAGGUGAAGUUGUUGCAAUCUUUUGCUAUCUGCAAUUCUUCCCUCCUCCAUAUCAUGUGCAAGGCUGGGGUCCUUAUGCAUAUCACCGAGCUGUUGAGGAGUUGGCCCGUUCAAAUCCAACACAAACAGUGCCCAGCAAUGGAAUUGGCUCACAGCCCAUGGAGGUGCAAGCAGAAAUUAACGAUUUCCUAGGCAAAGCAGCUCGUCGUUCGUCUCUCCAUAUUCGCAGUGCCGAGAUGCCGGCAGAGAUUCAGUUGGGUGCUCACACCAUACGAAGCCAUGGAGUGCAAGUUGCUAGAUUUCACAUGCACGAUUGGCUUAUUCUGUUUUUACUGGUGGCGAUAGAUAUUGGUCUGAAUGUAAUACAACCGUUUCAUCGUUUUGUUGGAGUGAAUAUGAUGACAGACCUCCAAUACCCAUUGCAAGCAAAUACUAUCCCUUUCUGGGCUGUUCCGAUCAUUGCUAUGAUUUUGCCUUUGACGGUGAUUAUGAUAUUCUAUUUCAUCAGAAGGGAUGUCUACGAUCUGCAUCAAGCUGUGUUGGGUCUUAUGUUUUCUGUCCUUAUUACGGCGGUUAUAACUGAUGCCAUCAAAGAUGCUGUUGGCCGACCACGUCCAGACUUCUUUUGGAGGUGCUUUCCUGACGGCAAAGGGUCGUUUGAUCCUGUCACAGGUGAUGUCAGAUGUACUGGAGUGAGAAGUGUCAUCAAAGAAGGCCAUAAAAGUUUUCCCAGUGGGCAUACUUCCUGGUCAUUUGCUGGUCUUGGCUUUUUGUCAUGGUACUUGUCUGGGAAACUUAGAGCGUUUGAUCGUAGGGGCCAUGUUGCCAAGCUGUGCAUUGUUUUCUUGCCAUUACUUGCUGCAGCACUAGUUGGAGUUUCUCGAGUUGAUGACUAUUGGCACCAUUGGCAAGAUGUGUUUGCUGGAGGUCUUAUUGGUCUUACAGUUGCAUCGUUUUGUUACCUGCAGUUUUUUCCUCCCCCGUAUGAUGUAGAUGGUUGGGGUCCUCAUGCAUAUUUCCAGAUGUUGGCUGACUCACAAAAUGGCAAUCAGUCUGAAUCAAAUGCAAAUGCCAUGCAUCAUCUUACUGUACGGCCAGCUGAAAUGGAUUCUGUGUACGGACGAUCGCAUCAGGGAAUGGAAACAUCUGAUCUUGAUUCGAGCCCAAGAUAUGAUGACUUAGAAAGCAGGAUAAGAUACUGA